GAUACCAAUCACCUUUUUAGUGGACUCUAUCUUCGUCAUCAGUUCCUUUUCGUUUCUCUUAUUAAUGCAACAAUUUCCUGCCAAAUAGACACACACACACACACAAACCCAAAUGUCUACUACAAUUGGUGAGGCAACCACCGGUGGCGCUGCCCCUCCGCCGAUCGAGGUGGAGGAGUGCCGCGGUGUUCUUCGAAUUUACAGCGACGGCUCCAUCUGGCGCUCUAACAAAUCCAGCUUUGAAGUUCCUGUCAACGAUGACGGCUCAGUACUAUGGAAAGAUGUUCUCUUCGACGCCACGCAUAACCUCCACCUCCGGCUAUACAAGCCGGCUUCGCCUCCCACCUCCACUAAACUCCCCAUCUUCUACUACAUCCACGGCGGCGGUUUCUGCAUCGGCUCCAGGGCGUGGCCCAACUGCCAAAACUACUGUUUCAAGCUGUGCUCCGAGCUCCAAGCUGUGAUCAUCUCCCCCGAUUAUCGGCUGGCACCCGAGAACCGACUUCCAGCAGCGAUCGAGGAUGGGUACGCGUCCCUGAAGUGGCUCCAAGACCAAGCCCUGGCGGAGGAGCCGGAUACAUGGCUCACCGACGUGGUUGACUUUAGCCAUGUCUUCAUUUCUGGAGACUCCGCUGGCGGGAACAUUGCCCAUAACUUGGCGGUCAGGCUAGGGGCCGGUUCCGGUGAGCUGGCUCCGGUUCGAGUGAGGGGUUAUGUGUAUUUGGCUCCUUUCUUUGGCGGGACGGCGAGGACCGGGUCUGAAGCUGAGGGGCCAAAGGAAGCUUUCCUGAAUCUUGAGCUCAUUGACAGGUUUUGGAGGCUAUCCAUACCCGUGGGAGAAACGACGGAUCACCCACUAGUGAACCCAUUUGGGCCCAACAGCCCGAAUCUUGAGAAAAUGGAUCUUGACCCGAUUCUGGUGGUGGUUGGUGGAUCCGACCUGCUCAAAGACAGAGCAGUAGAGUACGCAGAGAAGCUGAAGAAGUGGGGAAAGAAGGUUGAGUAUGCGGAGUUUGAGGAGCAGCAGCAUGGCUUCUUCACCAUCAAUCCCAAUUCUCAACCUUCCAAAGAAUUAAUGCUACUCAUCAAGAAAUUUAUAGCCCAAAAUUCCGUCUGAGUUGGUAAUUUGUGAGCUUGUUUCUCGAUUUCUCUUCUGCAUUCAGAAUUUGUGAUUUCAAAUAAUAUUUUGUUAUUAAGACAAUAUUAUAGUACGUGUGAAUGAUGGGAUGAGGCGAUCAAAAAGUGUUGUGGCCUAGUAGUCCAACGUUGCUAUGUGGAUUUGAAUGUUUAUUAAUGAUAAUAUGUCUGUAUGUUUUAUUUCUGUUCAA